AUGGACAACGAAAUUGCCGUCAACAAUUUCGACGGCUUUCUUCCCCAACUCCUUGACAAAAUGGGCCUUGCGGACAAUGGAAACCUGGCCUAUCUUCUGUUCAUCGACCUCGCCCUACAGUACAACAUGUUAAGCUAUUGUUUUGUGCCCUUUACAUACCGCUACUUUUAUAUGGUGUGGGACAUCAGGUUUACAAAUUCCAUGUUUGCCUUACUGGUGCUAGCUUACAUAACUCCGACGACCAUUUGCGCAUUCAUAAUUGCCUAUUUGGCUGGGAAAACGUACUCCCAAAUGACGCAGUUGGUGUCUCCUCCGGAUCCGAGCUGCUUGAAAAAUUUGCCAUGCUAUGAUUACAUGAAAUAUCCAGCGGAGGUGAGGUCGAAUAAAACAAAAUAACCAGAGGGAAAGCGUUUGAAAAAAGCAAAUCGCAAACUGAGGAGUCCGUGACCGGAAUACCUUCUUCGCUAUCGGUUUUUUGCACUUCGUCUUGACUUCACAGAGAAGGCAUGGCACAAAUUUAGGCUAAGUCUUUCAAAGACACCUGUCUAAUUCCCGUUUGCGGAAACGACCGACAUUUUUUGGGCAAAAGUUGACAGAAGCCCAGUAUUUUUUGCUGAUCCGCCUUGUAAAACGAAGGCGCCUCCCAAUUUGAGCGUACCUUUUAUUUUCAGCCCUACAUCACUAUUUUUUCCUUCGUCAGAAUCCCCACUCUCUGCAUGGUGGUUGCCCCAUUAUUUCAAGUCUUUUUCAUCUGGCGAAUCUACAAAUAUUUGCACAAGGAUGUGCGAAAAUCCGACUCCUACCGCCAGAUGCAACGGCAAAUCACACGGACGUUGACGGCGCAAUCCGCAACGCCUCUGAUCUUCAUCGCUAUUCCACAAUUUUUCAUGGUGUUUGCCUUUGAUUUCGGCUUUAACGCGAACUUGUCGCUUCGCGUUUUCUACACCUCUUUGGCCAUAAUUCCGUUGGCCAACCCGCUCUCGACAAUUUUGCUGGUCAAGAGCUUCCGGACUGCUGUAGCGAACCGUGACUGCAGAGGUGUGAGUGUAAAGCAAAGAGACUCCGUUUUUUGGAGAAAUGGCUCGGAUGGGCCGGUAAAUACCGGGAGCGGAAAUGGUCGGACAGGGCUGGGAGCGCCGUAAAAAAGCUGCAAUAAUCAUUGUUGUUGGAUAAUACUGUUAAAUUUGUGAUAAAUAGCUCAAAGCUUCGAUGUUUUUUGAUGAUUGGGAAACUCUUUGUUUACAUACAUUUUCAUUCAAUUUCUCUUUCUUUCCAACUUCCUUUUCUUGGAGAUAAGAGGUUUAUGUAUUCUUGUUAAUGUUAAAUUGUAUAAAACACAAUAGAAUUUAAUGUCUGAAACAAUGAAAUGUUACGUAAAAAAGCACAUAAUGUUGCUUAAACCUAAACCUAAAAGUCAUUCAAUUUCUCUCUAUUUCCAAGUUCCCGUACGACGUUUUUAUAAUACAUAUAAGUAUCAGCCGGGAAAAUAAUGUCGAUUUAUCGCCGUAAAAUGUCUUGCCUCGCCGCAGUUGCGCGCCUAAUACCGUGGCUAGUAGUUGCAAUGCAAUGAUAGGCAAUAGGUGCGAGUGAGUGCACAUUGUUUUCCCGACAGACUGAAAAACAGUGAUACUAGGCGUUUCCAAAAGUCCGUGGACUUUUUGCCGCGACGCACAGUGCAUUUUAUAUUGUUCUUUCCACGAUGCGGGUUUUUCGAACAUUUUACAUUGUGCAUUUUUACCCAUCGCGCAAAAACGCUUCAGAAAGACCGCAGCGGCUCCGUUGAAAAUGGCUUUUGUCGCGCGACACACGGUGCAAAAUGUGGGGUUUUUUGCGCGGUGCGACUCCGCGACAAAAAUACUAACGAUUGUAAGCACUUUUGAAAAGGCUAACUGUAAGUCGAGCUAACAAAGAGGAGUUGGGCUUACACACAACUUUCAAAUAUGAAUAGACACGCAUACAGUAUGUAUAUUUCAAGCAGUACCCACAUCACAUCCCACGGCAACGCAGGGAGUUUCCCGCCCCAUUUCGGCACUUCCCCCCACCCAGUAUGGGUUGUAGUCAAACGAAAUGUCAAAGAUGAAUUUUUCGUGGGGUUUUCCGACCGAAAAACAUUUAUUUUUAUUUCUUUUGUGAAUUUUGACACUUCGUUUGGACGAAACUCAAAAGUGGGCGGGAAACAUUUUAGCACUAUUUUGGGUUGCCGUGCAACUGCAAUAUCAGAUUCUGACAAGUCUAGCCCAAACCGAAUCAGAAUUUCAUUUCCCUCACUUCCAUAUUUUGCACCUUUAGGUGAUGAAUCGAGAGUAAAUUUCAGGUGGUUUUACCAUGUUACUUAUUCCGAAAUUGCGGUAUUCCCGUUGUAGUUGCAUUGGUUAUUCGCAAACGGUCGCUUUCAUUGGCCGCGCCAAAGAUUUCGAAGGCAACAGGUGGAAAAUCAUAAAUUCCAGGUAUAAUAACCAAAUGUUGCUUGGUAUUCGGAAAGUUCCAAACAGUUUGACUGGAAAAUUUUGGGCUGAGACCCCGCCACUGUAGGGCGCAAGACAUUUUGCUUCUACUGGCGGCCAAAAGUCCUGAGAAUUUCUGGCGGCCCCCGAAAUUCUGCUCAGACCGGGACAUCGUACGCCGCGUUGAAUUAUCGCUCGGAAAAAUGGGAAUUGCGGUCGAUGUAGUGUAUCAGUCGCGCCAUAAAGUCCGCAGAUUUUUUCUGCGACAUCGCGGGGUGCGCUCGCGGAAAAAUACAUGUCGCUAGUGCAAAAAUGAGAAGUCGCAGUGGCGUGAAAAGAAGAAAAAGCACUGCUAAAAAUUCUACGCACCUUACGGCGCGACUGGUAGUAUCAGUAUGUCGGGAAAAUAAUGUGGUUGAGUCGCUCCUUGGAAUCGCCCAUCAUUGCGUCGCGUCGGCUAGCCGCGGAUGGAGAAUUGUUGCGCGACUGCACUUUUUCUUCGACAAGGAAAAAAAUUCCAAUUUUCCGAGCGAUAUCAGUUUCAGUUUGUCGGGAAAACCUAUUUUCCCGACAAACUGAUAUUUCGGGCUGCGUGCCAUUACAUUUUUUUGGUUUUGAGCGUCUAAUUUUGCGGCCGACGGAUAUUUCAGGCCUCUUUCUGGGCCACUAAAUGCAUAUUAGUAGCGUUGUAUUACAGUCCAAGAGUUUGCAUGUCAUUAAAACUUGCGCCUGAAAUUAUUGCGACAUGAAAAACAACUUCUGUCACGUUGAAAUGUUUCUUAAGGUCUCCUCUUAAGAAGGGCGGGGACUUUUUUCGUUUUGUGAUACGAUAGUAUUAGAAAAAAUUUGUUCAAAAUUUCCGAUAGCUUGUAGAAAAUAUCAUUCUGUCGGGAAAAUAUUGUGGAUUAGUCAUAGAAAAAUUUCUCACCUCGUUGCAGUCGCGGGCCAAAUCUCCAGCUACGGAUAGCCAUCGCACAAUGAUAAUAGGCGAUUCCAAGGGGAUCGCCGUUAUCCGCAUUAUUUUCCCGACAGACUAAAAUUUCUGUAUAUUUCUGUGAGCUACCGUAAUUUUCGGUCAAAUUGUCGCUAGAAAACAGCGAUAAUUUCGUUUAUCGUUGUCGCGAUAGCCCCAGCGCUGCCCUUGAAAAACUAGUCACUGUUGUCGCUGUUAUUUUUUUAAUUUUCACAUUGCAAAAAAAAAUAAAACUUUCAAUUUCUGCUCUUUCAGAUGGCCAUAAACUGUGUGGACUAUGUGAACCAAGCCGUGAUACAAUUCUUAUCUUUUUCGGGCAUGAUGGCUAACUUGGUUCUACUUUUGUUGAUCCGCAAUCACACACCGUCGCCAAUGAAGAGCUACAAGAAAGUUUUGUAUACCUCGGCUGUCUUCGAUCUGCUCGCUUCACUCUCUCAUUUUUGUAUUAUUUUGGUGAGUUUUGAGGGGGUUUGAAGUUCGAAAGAUACAAUUACUAAAAGGUUGUUUCGAAGGGCGAAUGAAUUUGAAAAGGACUAAACGUUGUUUUCCUCUGCAAAGGCCAUAAAUCAUUUCUCAAAAUUUUACACCACAGGUGUUCCUAACUUUAUCCGUGAUGAAUUUCUGCAUUUUUCAUCAGAAGGGUAACGUUUCAACAAAAAAAAAUUGCACAGGAAAUUGGCUGAGAUGUAGUCGAACGAAUGCUUUUUUCUCUCUAACUGCUCUCCGCAUUUUGUGUACACUGUCGGCGGCAAAGAUCGUUGAGUAUCUUGAAUGUGUCUUCAGUUUACAGCCACGCAUACAACGUUUUUUCAAAAGUGUGUAGACUUGUUUAGCUGUACAAUACAACCAAAUAGCGCGACAAAAGCCAUAUUUAUUUCGUUGCGACGAUCCUGAAGCAAUUUCGCGCGAUGAGUGAAAACGCACAGUGCAAAAUGUUCGAAAAGCCCGCACCGUGCAAACAAAAGGCAAAAUGCACCGUGCGACAAAGAAUCUUUGCACUUCGAAAAGGCGUAGCCGUCUGUCGGGAAAAUACUGUGGAUUUGUCGAGGAAAAAUUGUCUCGCCUCGUCGCAGACGCGCCCCAAAUUUCCAGCCGCGGCUGGACGUCGCAAAGCCAUUAUGGGCGAUUUAAAGGGGCGAAGAAUCCACAUUAUUUUCUGAACAAACUGAUAUCUGGGCCUAUGUGUGCCCAGUUGGAAAAAAAUCUGAGAAUUACGCUUUGAAAAUUUGCCUUCAGGCUUUUAGAGGCAAAGAUUACUGUGUAUUGAAUAUAGUACCGGUCUUGCCAUAUAUAUACGUACAAAAAUUAAUUGACUUAAAAGAUGUCGUAUUUUACAAACCCUUCUAGCCCCUCCGUUUUUUUUCAGCGCUCCGCCAUGGACAGUGACGUCACUGUCAACAACUUUGACGGUUUUCUUCCCCGAAUUCUCGAGAAAAUGGGACUUGUAAACGAUGGAAACUUGGCGUAUCUUCUGUUUAUCGAGCUCGCCCUUCAGUACAACAUGGUGGGCUACUGUUUCGUGCCUUUCACCUACCGCUACUUUCUUAUGGUGUGGGAGGUCAAGUUUAAUAAUUAUACGUUCGCUUUACUGGUUUUAUUUUACCUCACACCCACCAUGGCGUUCUCGUUUAUAAUGGCCUAUUUGGCUGGUAAUACGUACUCUGCGAUGACGCAGAUAGUUUCGCCGACCGACCCAAAUUGUUUGAGAAAUUUGCCCUACUACGACAGCGUCAAGUACCCUGCUGAGGUAGGUUUUGUGCUGCUUCCUUUACAUAAAGUGCAUAGACCUUUCGCUGCAUUUUUUUAGUACUAGGCGGCGUCAAAAAGCCUUGACGUGUUUUUCGCACAAACUUUGGUAUCCCUGAAUGCUUACUCGCCAGGCAUUGCUCCGUCGGACUACCACUUGCUGCGAUCGCAUGCCCACCACCUUGAGGGAAAAAGAUUUGACACAUCCGAGCACCUGUGAAACGAGUGGAGUGUUUCUUUAGGUCAAAGUCGCCUGUCUGAAGAAUCAGCACAGCGCUGUGCUGUUUCUUCCCUACGGCGCGCCGUGCAAACACGUCAAGACUUUUUGACCCGCCUUGCACAGUGGGGGACCUGAUCCAGUGGCAAAAACGUACCAUUUUGCUUUUGAAAUCGGAGUUUUUUCACUUAGAGAGGGAAGGAUUUCGCCACAUUUUUGAUACUUCUCGGAUGCAAAUUGACACAUUUUUUUGCCACUGGAUCAGGUGCUCCACUGUAAAAACGACCAAAAAUUAACUGGUCUACACUCUGUCCUCUCUUCAGCCCUACAAAACCAUCUUCAACUUCGCCGCCGUCCCAUUGUAUUGGGUUCUGAUUGCGCCGUUCUUCCUGGUCUUCUUCAUUUGGCGAAUCUACCGUUUCCUCAGCGCGGAUGUGCGAAAAUCCGACUUCUACCGCAAGAUGCAGCGGCAAAUCACGUGGACGUUGACGGCGCAGUCUGUAAUCCCGCUAAUCUUCAUCGCGAUUCCAUUGUUUUUUGUGUUCUUUGCGUUGGGCAACUUGUACUUCGGGUGGGGCUACGAGAUCUCGCAGGACCUGUCGCUUCGCGUUUUUUACACGUCUUUGGCCAUAAUUCCGCUGGCCAAUCCGUUGUCCGCAAUCUUGCUGGUCAAGAACUUCCGACUUACCGUGACGAACGCACUAACUGCCACGGAUCAAAAGACGGGAAUUACGUCGAUGAUGAGCACGAGUAGUGGUGCCGCCAGAAGUGUGAGUGUGAAGCAAAGAGGCUCCGUCUUGUCGAGGAAUAGCGCUGAUGGAAGGCGAAGGGAGCGGUAA